AUGCAAGAAGAAACUCAAAAAGACAAGUUAUUGUCCACCAAAGGCACGUUUUUAACAGGCGUUGACGCUUCAACAGGCCUUCCUCUCAGUACUAGCCAAGAUACUCCCCAAUCUCAUACUCAGCAAGUUUAUAAAAUCGAAGAAGCUGUCCCACCAAAUUUCCUUUCAGAUCAACUUGAUCACCUCCUCCCGAAAAACGUGAAUUUAAUGAGAGUCAUUAAUAACGUCGGCCGCGAAAAAAAGCCCAAAAAAACUUGAACAGCCAAUUUCACAAAAGACGAAAACAAAUUUAUAAUUAGUGAUUUCUUUUGGUACUGUAUUUGCAAAUUAAUUCGAGCUGGAAAGCACCCAGAAAUUGAGGAGCUCUUAUUAGACCGAAUAGCAUAUAACUAUGUGCAGCUGUUUUUGUCAGUCGAUUUGAAUUAUAGAGACAAAUUCUUUGAAACUUAUUACGAUGACUUAGCUCAGGCUGUGUAUUAUUCACUAUUUUUCGCGUUUCCGAAGUCAAGAAGUCUUAUAAUGAGCGAAACGUUUAUGAGCUCAUUUUUUGACUUACUGUGUGAAGAAGUAACAGGAGUUCCAGUUUGCAACUUGGCUUAUGAAAAAUGGGACUUGGAUUUAGGCGCUGGAAACGUUUUGAGGAAUAAAUUAAAACGCCAAAAUACGAAUACUUCGUCCUUGCCUGAUCUACAAAAGCCACUGGCCCCUCAGAAAAAGCUGCUUCAUAUGAAGUAUUCACCACUCGUCGAUAUAUUUUAUAAAAAUAAAUAAAAGCAAAUUUUAUUUGAUUUUAUAGAAAAAGUUAAUUUAUUAAAAAAAGAAUAGAUAUAUGAAAGGGAGAAGAUAUGAAGGAUAUAACGUUGUCCAAUCCUGGCAUCUUAGAUAUUCACUGAGAAAUCUUGAUAAACAAAGGGAAGUGGCAAGCAGAAUGAGCAAAUAUAGAUCACUAGCAAGCCAAACUGUGAAAAAUACUAAACAAAGGUUUAAGAAAUUUGAAGAGUACCGAGAUAAAGUUGAUAAAGAACUAAUUCAAAAUAGAAAACAUGUAUUGAAAGUUGCUAAACUUAUGACUAGAAGAACUCAAGAAAUCUUGGAACAAAAUCCAAGAGAGUACGCAAACCUUAUGGUCUCAUUAAAGGCGUUUUGGCCUGCAUCUAAUGAAGAUUAA